UCUGGUUGCAAGCUUGCAGAAUCCAGGACCACUGCAACGCGGGUGGUGCCCAGCUUUGCACACAUUCUUGAGGCUGCUCAAAUGCUCUUGUUUCGGACCUAGAACAGAUGAAGGGUAUUUGAGCGAUUACACCACCUCCUGUGAUGGCUGCAUCAUCCUCCUGCUGCGCUUGUCAAAGCCUUUCUUUCUGCAAAUUUCUAGCGUCUCGCUCCCCGACCUUUGAUCGGCUAGCCAAAUACUCCUUCCUGCCAGCAUUCACUCAGCUUCAUUCUGCGGCUGGUGUUUUUCACAGCAGGCCAGCCUUUUGCCAGCACUUGUCUCGGAAACUUGCCCGCCAGAGCAAGGUUACGAGUCCGAGUCAGGACAGCCAAUUGUCAGACUUGGCAGCUUGGAAUGCACGAAACAUCUUGGAAGCGGAACCUGAGCCUGAAAGUGCGGGGAGACCUCUGGUUGAUGCUUCGGCGGCCCCAAGACAGGAGCCUUUGAGCGCUCACACAGCCUCUACAGCGCCCAUGUCAGCAACAGCUUCUGCAUGUAGGAAGGCAGUCUGGAUAUGGACCCAAAGCAAACAGGUGUUCACUGCCGCCACCGAAGCUGGCUUCAAUCACCUGGUGUUUACGGGGUCGGAUGAAGACCAACAGCUUGCAAAGACCUGGCAAGGCCUCGCCAGUUUCAAAGCCCUCUACUGCCUGGGAGGGGAGUUGAGGAGUGACGUUGGCUCGCUUGAAGCAGUACUGCAUCCGAUUGCGAACCCAGGCGAACUGGAUGCUGUCAUAGCAGCCGUUCCCACGAUUGCGUUUCUAGGAUCGACGACCAUUGUUGAGUUCGUAGACUGGAAAGUGAUUCCAGCAGAAAACUUGGUCGCUGCGUUCGACGGACAUCCGGGCCGACUGUUUGCGGUUGCAGAUGGUGCGCAAGACGCCAUAGUCAGUUUCGAGGCAUUGGAGCGCGGAACGGACGGAGUGGUGCUUCGGACGGAGAACCCAGCCGACGUCUUCGCAAUCAAGGAGUACGUCGACCGGCGUGCAGGGGGCGCGAGCGUUCCCCUCGUAUACGGCCACGUGACCAGGGUGGAGCCAGUCGGGAUGGGCGAUCGCGCGUGUGUCGACCUCUGCUCGCUGCUCAAACCGGGGGAGGGGAUGCUGGUGGGCUCGUUUGCGCGCGCACUGUUUCUGGUCCAUUCCGAGUGCCUCGAGUCUAACUACGUCGCCAGCCGGCCGUUCCGAGUCAACGCGGGCCCUGUUCACAGCUACGUCGCUGCCCCGGGCGGCAAGACAGCCUACCUCUCUGAGCUGCAGAGCGGUCGGGAGGUUUUGGUGGUCGACUCACAGGGCCUCACGCGGAGCGCUCUCGUGGGGAGGGUCAAAAUCGAGUCGCGGCCGUUGAUUCUAGUAGAAGCACAGGCCGACGGUCAGCGACACUCCAUCCUGCUGCAAAAUGCGGAGACCGUCCGACUCGUGGGCUCUGCCCAAUCAGAUGAUGGAGGGGAGAACGAGCGCGUGCCCAUUUCCGUUUCGAAACUAAAGCUAGGGGACAGAGUCUUGCUUAGUAUACAAGACUCAGCAGCGAGGCACACGGGAUUCAAGGUAAAGGAAAUGAUAGAUGAGCGAUGACGCAGAGGCAAUGAUGCCCGGGGGUGCAUAUUAUGAGUCUGUUACAGACCUGCUGUACGCACAAUGGAAGCCGCCGCUUUCGACUCCUUCCAGGUGCUCAAAUUAAAGCACCUACGAGCCCCUAUCAACUGUACCGACUCCAAUGUAAAGUGAGCACUGUAACGAUCCCGCGUAUCAACGUGGUAUGAAGCUUCGCC